AUGAAUUCUGUUAACUCCUCUGCUACUUUGUCACCCAGUGAAGAAAUGAGGCUGCAAGCAGACGAACGUGACUUUCGUUUUGUUCCAGCGUCCGAUCUUGGUUUCUACGAAAUUCACCACAGUGCUGUAACCAGUAAUUCUUCCCUGUCAGUAUCUGACGAGGCAAGAAGAAAUGGACAGGCUGUGAGCUGUCCCUGGCGGUGCCGCCAUAGCUGCGUGCAGCCAACGCCGAGCGGAGCUGAGGGAAAAACCGCCCCGUGCUUCAGAGCGUCCCGGCGGGCGGUCACCGCACUGAGGGGCGGGAGGCGGCCGUGGGCGGGAAGAACGGGCGGCAAGAAGCGGUCAGGCGCCGCGGGCAGCUUAACUGCCGGGUGGAGGAAGGGCUCGCAGGAGGAAGGACCCAGGGAGGGACGCUCCGCCUCUGUCGGCGCGGUGCUGCCGGGAGCCGGGCGAGCCGCGAUGCCGCUGUACGAGGGCCUGGGAAGCGGCGGGGAGAAGACCGCCGUGGUGCUCGACCUGGGCGAGGCCUUCACCAAGUGUGGUUUUGCGGGUGAAACAGGACCAAGAUGCAUUAUUCCUAGUGAAAUAAAGAAACCUGAUGUCUCUAAGCCUGUCAGAGUUGUUCAGUAUAAUAUCAACACAGAGGAGCUGUAUUCCUAUCUGAAGGAGUUUAUUCAUAUGUUGUAUUUCAGACAUCUUCUGGUGAAUCCCAGAGACCGUCGUGUUGUGAUCAUAGAAUCUGUCCUCUGCCCUUCACACUUCAGAGACACUCUUGCCAGAGUCCUUUUCAAGCAUUUUGAGGUGCAUGUUUUAUGUAACUAUUGUAUGUGCUGAGCAUAGCACUUAGUGGUAGGAACUGUAGUGAUGGUAUGGACAAAGGAGUGAAAAUAACGGGAGAGGUGUGGAGAAGAUUCAGAAAUGGAGGUGCUCAUCUGGGGAGGUG